AUGGCUCUCUCUUUCAAAAUCCAACCAUUCAUCUUCUUCUCCCUCCUACUCACUGCUUCUGCUUCUCCCAAUGAUUUAUCCUGUCUCAAAGUUUCUCCCAUCAAUUUCACCAACUCGGCUGAAGAAGUUAUCACCAAUAUUCAACAAGUCACCUCCAUUUUUUCGCGCUUCACAAAUGCUUUCGGACAACCUCACCUCUUAAAUGCUGUUUCUGAUUGCCUGGAUUUACUUGACAUGUCCGCAGACCAACUAGACUGGAUUAUCUCCGCCACUCGGAAUCCAACAGGGAAGGAUAACAGUACUGGAAAUCUAAGCUCUGAUCUAAGAACAUGGCUGAGCGCUGUUCUUGUGAAUCAAGACACGUGUAUAGAAGGAUUACAAGGUACAAAUGUGAUGGGUCUUGUAUCCACUGAUCUUUAUCGUGUAAUGUCCUCGGUGAAGAAUCUUCUUGAUCAAGUAAUUCCCAUCAACGAUCAACUCGCAACUGCUACCAGUUCGGAUCAAUUUCCUUCAUGGAUGAUAGACAACGACAAGAAGGUGUUGCAGGAAAACGAAGUUACUGCAGACGUUGUUGUGGCUGCGGAUGGAAGUGGGAAUUACAGUAACGUGACGGAUGCGGUAAAUGCAGCACCUGAACUCAACAUGAAAAGAUAUGUUAUAUAUGUGAAGAAAGGUGUUUAUAAUGAGAAUGUUGAGAUUACGAAGAAGAAAUGGAAUGUUUUGAUGAUCGGUGAAGGUAUGUAUGCUACUGUUAUCUCCGGUAGUCGGAGUUGUGUCGACGGUUGGAAGACUUACGGAUCAGCUACCUUUGCUGUAAAUGGUAGAGGGUUCAUUGCACGCGACAUUUCAUUUCGAAACACUGCAGGUCCCACAAAGGAUCAAGCAGUGGCAUUAAGAUCAGACUCUGACCUCUCUGCAUUUCACAGAUGUGGGAUAUUCGGCUAUCAAGAUAGCCUAUAUUCCCACAGCAAUCGUCAAUUCUACAGAGACUGCACAAUAGCUGGUACCGUGGAUUUCAUCUUUGGAUAUGCCACGGCCAUGUUCCAGAAUUGUCAAAUAAUAGCCAAGCAAGGGAGGCCUGGACAAAAGAACACUGUUGCCGCUCAUGGAAGGAUAGACCCAAACCAACCAACCGGUUUCUCCUUCCAAUUUUGCAACAUCUCAGCAGAGAAUGAUACCGUCCCAACAUACCUUGGUAGACCCUGGAAGAAUUUUUCACGGACAAUUUUCAUGCAAUCCCACAUGAGUAACGCGAUAAGACCAGAAGGGUGGUUAGAGUGGAACGGAAGUUUUGCUUUUGACACAUUGUACUACGGUGAAUACAUGAACUCUGGACCAGGUGCUGAGGUAGCUAACAGAGUGAAAUGGCCGGGUUACCAUGUGUUGAAUGACUCCAGCGACGCUGAUAACUAUACCGUGGCUCAAUUUAUUGAGGGGGAUCUUUGGUUAUCCUCCACUGGUGUUAAUUACACUUCUGGUUUGUAA